AUCGACAAAACUCCCAACGGCUUCCUUUCCAAAAAUCAAAAUCUCCCUCUCUCUCUCUUCCUUCAUAUUCAUCAUCUUCAGUCACUCAAUGCGCUGAUACGAUUCAAUCUCAAAUCGCGAGUGAGUGAGCUAGAACUCCUUUUUCUCUCUACCCUUUAGAAAUGGCGGCAGAAGAGCUCAAGAUCCCAGUCUUCACAGUCCUCAAGAACGGAGCGACUCUUAAGAACGUAUUCAUCGUCAACAAUCCCCCUCCGCUGGACCAAGACGGGGACGACGAGGGCCAGGAGGAGAUCUUGGUCGUCGGCCGGCAUCCCGAUUGCAACAUUGUGUUGACUCACCCUAGCAUCAGCAGAUUUCACGUCCAGAUUUAUUCCAAUCCCUCCGCUCAGAAGCUAUGUGUAAUGGAUUUAUCAUCCGUGCAUGGGACAUGGGUGUCGGAUAAGAAGAUCGAACCAGGGGAGAGGGUGGAGCUGAUUGAGGGGGAUUUCCUAAGAGUUGGUGGUUCGACCAGAGUCUACAGGCUGCACUGGGUACCCGUGAGCCAGGCAUAUGAUCUGGAACAAUCAUCUGUGUUGGCAUCAGCCUCGGUUGAAGUAAAGCAGGAGGAAAGUACUGCAGCUGGGGAAGAAAAAGCGGUGGAAACAUAUGAGGACAACGAUACUCCGGAUGUUGAAUUUGAAGAGCUCGGGAAGUUCAAUGAUCCAUCUCACAAGAGAGAGGAGGAGCACUCACCAUCUGGUGAAGGAGACGUGGUGGGAGCAGCUGAGGACGGUGGUCUACCAAGGAUUGUUGAGUUUGAAGAAGUUGAGGAGUCUAUAGAUCCACUUAGCGAGAUAGAGAAGGAGAAUAUCACGAAUGCCAAGGGAAAAGUAGUAGAAUUUCAGGAUGAAGGGUUACUUAAUACUGAUAGUGAGAAUUUUGGGAAGUUUGAAGAUCCGUCUUCAUGGGAAGAGAGUAUGGAAAUUUACCAGGACAUGUUGACUGAGGACCAGGAAAGUCACUCACUUGAUCUGAUUUUAGGAGAGAUGGGUUCUCUAGCAUUCACUGAGAGUUCUGGAUUGCCUGCAAACUAUGAGACCGCCACAGGACUGGCUAUGUUUGAGAACAGGGGCUCUUCAACGAUUGAAGAACAUGAAGCAUCAUUAAGUCCAUCGGAAAUUCAUCCAAAUCAGAUACACAGCAGCAAUACAUGUCAACUUCUUGGCUCCAACUCCAUUAGGUUAUCAUUGCCCAUGCAAGAUGAAACCAAGGAUGAAGACAUUGGCAGACAAAGAUCAGAAAAGGCAGUUUUGGAAAGCUCUGUGGUUACUGAAACUCUGGAAAUAGUUCAAAGCAGGUGCUCAUCCGGGAAGGAAAAUGAAGGCAAAGAAAGUUUGAGCCAUAUUUCUGCAUUAUCUCUGUUGGAAUCUGCUCCUUCAUCCUUAGAGGGGAUACUUGCAGAGAAUGGAAGCACACAGAAGUUGGUUGAAGAAAACCUCAUCUUGCCGCAACUUCUUUAUGCAAAGCCAGAUUUGCCCUCUGAGAAUAGCAAUACACAGAAUAGUGUGCGAAUUCAUCAACUUGAACAAAAGGACAGUUUGAACUUGGACUUGGCAAAUCUUGCGACAGAACCCUCAAAUUCUGGUCUCUUUGAGCACAAUAUUCUUUCAGAAGUCACUUGUCAAUAUGUUAAAGAAAUUCAGCCAGCCAGAUCUCCACUGGGCAGAGAGAGCCAAUCUGAAGAAGAGAAUUUAGAAAGUCCUCCAAUAAAGGUAUCCACAAAAUCCAACCCAUGCAGUAUUUGGUCAAGAAGAGGUAAACCUGCCACUUUCCUUCGGCUUCAAACUGGCAGCAGCAGAGGGAAGAGCAGACCUGCUGCUCUUAACUCUGAAAAUGGGCAGAAGUGUAAAGAAAGUGUUGAAGAUGAAGUCAUCAACAGGAAUCUAUUUUCUGGCAGUGAUGGAGAGGAGGAGAUUUUUACACCAGACAAGGAGAAUAUGACACCAAAUACGCGAAAACUCAAAUUUAUGAAGGAAAUCGGUAAAGUGGGAGUUCUACAUUCUAGGCCACUCAAACGAUCCUCUUCCAUUGUUUCCUCUGGCCCUAAGAUUUGUCUCAACAAGGACGUUUCCGAAUGUUCAGAUCAAGAGAAUCAGACACCAAUGAAGAACUUUACGCCUAACACCCUCCUACAUAAAUCUGCAAAGGCCAGUAAGGUCCUCUCUAGCCCCAUUAGUCAUCCUGAUGAAGAUAUUUUUCACUCUUCGGAUAAAGAGAAUCAGACACCAAAGUUUCAGAAAGAGCAGAGAGUCAAACCUACAUCCAGAAUGCGAUCAAGAUUGGUAAAAGAGAUCUCAGGGGUAAAGGGGAGGGAAAGGAUGCCAUUCCAGUCUUUGCGCAUAAACUCCGAGAUAGAAUCUCAUUCAUCAGGGCCUGGUGCUCUAACAAGCGGCGGCAGCGAAACGGGAAAGAAGACAGUUUCCGGUUUCAUUUCUAACAACUCUAAUGGUGAGAGAAAGAAGAGUUGGAUCAUGGUCGCGGACACAAACUCUUUUCUGGACAAUGAAUCAAGGAAGUCGUUGCAGCUUCUAGAAGGCCUUAGAGGAACCCAAUUGGUUAUUCCUCGAAUCGUCCUAAGAGAUCUGGACUCUCUGAAGCGGCAGCGUAGCUUGUUCAGAAGAAGUACAGGGGUUUCUUCGGUGCUGGAGUGGAUAGAAGAGACUAUGGUGAACUCAAAAUGGUGGAUUCAAAUACAGAGCUCAGCAGAGGAAGGUUGGGCGGUCGCCCCAACUCCUCGUGCUUGUCCCUACUCCUUAAAUGAAGCAAGUGAUAAUUUUCCAAUGUUCACAGCUAGUGCCGCUCGAUUUUCAUUGUCUGGGAAUCCUUCAGUCGAGAUAAUAUCACCCACAGCAGAAGACCGUAUUCUCGAAUAUGCUCUGCUGGUUAGAAAAAGAAACUGCAAUGGACAACUCGUCCUCCUUAGCAACGAUACCUCUUUGAAAAUCAAAGCCAUGGCAGAGCAGGGUUUAUUAUGCGAGAACCCACAAGAAUUUCGUGAAAGUUUGAUCAAUCCAUUCUCCGAGCGGUUCAUGUGGGCCGAGAGCUCCCCCAGAGGACAGACCUGGUCAUUGUCCGAUGAUGAUGUUCUGAAAGAGAAGUACUUCCGGCACCCAUUCAAGAAACCAUCUCGAGGAGAUGAUGCCAAGGGGUUGAAGCUUAUCCUGCGCCACAAUUCUCAGUAUGGGCAGAUGAAGUCAGUGAGCUAAAACCAUCACUUCCAUCUUCAAGCCUGAUGCCACCAUUUCACUCUCCAAGAUUGAUGAUAGUCUUCGUGUCGGACGAGAUUUUGAGGAACAGCUUUCCUUGAUUGCAUUCUUCUUAAUAUUGCAUGUAAACUUGCAAUCUUCUAUCAAGAAUUUCAAAGGAAGCAACAAUCGAUGACCAUGUGUGGAUUCACAUUGAA